GUCGCAUAAUCUUUAUGUAAAGCAGUUUAUUGGCUUCUGAGCUGCAAUUUUUUGAGGGCCCAAAAGAACAUUACAAAGAAAGCCAAUCCAACAGCUAAAGGUAUCAAGUGAAAAAGGUUAGGAGGAGGAAGAGAAAAAGAAGACUUGCUUUAAACAUGUAUUCUCCUGGCAAUCAACUCCGACUGCCCGACGAUGAGGAAGAUCAACCAGAAGAUGGUGAGAACUGUAAAAGUAGAAAUGGAGCAAUCAGAGAACCUGGUCCAGAAGCUGUACGCAGUUACUAUCACCAGCAUUUUGGACAGACGCAGGACUACAGAGAAAAAUCACUCCACGCUCAGAAUGAGAGGUGGGCAGACUUUGCAUCUCCCAGUGCGGUUUCAACAGCGUCAGGACACAUAAAAAUCAAUUAUGGAAGACUGAUGCAAGAGGUCUUGCAUUUCGCAUCGCCAAAAUCGAAAGCGAAGAAAAGAAAAGCGGAGAUGAUUGAAGUCCCUUGCGACCGCAUAGUUCGGCCCGCCGGCAGAAAAGACAGGCACAGCAAAGUAUGCACGGCGAGGGGGCCGAGGGACAGGCGCCUUAGGCUGUCGCCCAAAACUGCGAUUGAGUUCUAUGAUGUGCAGGAUCGGCUCGGCUAUGACCGCCCGAGUAAAGCCAUUGAUUGGCUAAUCAAGGAAGCUAAAGCCGCGAUUGAUGCGCUAGAUGAGCAGCCAGCCUUGGGUAGUAAUUAUCACUCGACUGCUGCAAAUGCUACUGAAUAUCAUAGCCCUCAGAAUGGCAGAAGCCAGCAAAUGCAACAGGAAAGUGGCCGGUUUUUGAUAUCUGAAGACGGGAUGAUUCAGAAAAAUGAGCAUUUGAAUGAUGAUAAUUCGAUUUCGGGUUUUAGUUUCUUUACUGAUGGGGCUGUACUGUCGUCUUCCAGUGAAUUGCAGGCCUACCCUAAUCAUGGUUUUAACCCAUCAAGAAUCAGAAACGAAGACCCAGAGGAUUCAACACUUUACCCUAGUUAUCAACAGGGAUUUUGCUCUACUUCUACUCUUACUACUACCACUUCGCAAAUAUUGGAAACAAACUGGGAAAUGGUUCGACUUCAAAGGAUUUUAAAUGAAAAUUCGGGUAAUACAAGAGUAGGAGGAGCAGCGGAGUACUCUUCUUUCAACUCUCUGCCACUCCAUUUCCAGGCGCAGGCAAUUUCAGGCCACAGCCAUAUGUUUUCUCAAAGGGAACCCCUUCAGUCCAGCAACAUUAACUCUUUUCCAGGCAGCACCCACUGUCCAGGAUUUAGUUUUUCCAAUGAGUUGUCAAAUAUUACAGCUGCUGCAACACGGAAAGAGGACGUAAAAGAUGACAGGCCAGUUUUCAGCAAGCCUUCUUCUUUUCUGCACUACGAAGACUAGCACCAGCAGACAAUGACAUUAUUUCUUUCUGCCUUGUUGCUUUAUUGGUGUAAACCAUUGAGGAGGAAUUUUGCGUUGAUUCAACGACCGUUAACAGUAGCUCAGGCAAAGCACAAGGAUGCAAGGAGCUGGAAUUCUUAGACAUACAACGUAAUGGAUGUUAAGUUUGAGCGCUUGUCUGAAUUUCUUGUAAUGUUAUCUAUACAUGAAUUUACCUUUAUUGAGUUUGUAUGAGUGUUGUAAUACGACUAAGAAAAGCCCGCAAAAAGUGUGUGCUCCCCCGUACUUUCAUCAUCAAUAUUCAAACUACGGAUAAUGUUUUCCCAUUUUCGGGGUAAAGCAAACAAGAAGGAAAACAAACCAAGAACGACUGCACUCCGACAGGUGUCCUGCUUCGUUUUUCAGUGAAAAUGCAAGUAAACAGCAGAACGAAUUAGCACGGAUAAUCCCGAACGUUUGUAGUUUCUUGAACGCCAUUACACACCGCAAAAAUGCUUGAACGCCCUGGUUAACUAAUCCGCGCGCUUAAAGCAAGUCAAAAAGAUGAAGUUUGACACGAAGGGAUAAUUGAUUCUUGUUGAUCUUUUCAUCCCUGGAAAUGAUUAAAUAUAAAGGAAGCUUUUCGUGCAUGUGAUACUUUUGGAGAAAAAGCAGCCAAGAGAAAUGAGGAACAACCUUGGCAUUAGCAAAUCGCAUUACCACAAUUACGAAGCUGCAUGA